AACAAAUCAAACAAAAAUAUGAAAAAUUAAGUUUUUAGUCAUUGAAAAUAAUUUUAAAAGAUAUUUUAGUGUUCAAAAGUAUGUCAAAAAGUUGUUAGCAGUAAAUUUUUUAUCAAAUUAUCAAAAAAAGAGAAAAAAAUUGAAAUAUCGAUCAAUUUCUUGUGAAAAAUUCUUGCGAAAAAUGAUCCGAUUCGAAUAAAAAAUCAUCAUGGAAAGCGAAUCUAGUCAGAGCUUGGGUCAUCCUUCGUCGUCACAAUCAAACCCCUUCUUAGUCGACGAAACGGGAAACGAGCCAGAUGCUGAAUUAGAUAACGACAAGGAAGACGACGAAAUUCCGCAAUGUCUCACCGAGUCGUAUUCCGAAAUCACUCUGCUCCGUAAAUUUUGUGAAAAUCCCACGGAAAUUGACGACGAAGAAAACGACGGAGCUGCUGGCGGAGCGCCACAACGACAAACACGACCCGACUCUCUAAUUGUCGACGAAUGGAUGAAGCAGAUGGAUGGCACGUUUGCGCGCGAAGGCAAUUUAACGCACUUUGUCGCCGAAAAUCUCGAGCAGAAAAUCCGACUUUCCAGUCCCGGCGGACGGUACGGCAGCAAACUCACGACACCGAGUGGCACGGGGCAUCAGUUGCCGCGGAAUUUCAUGUCGCAUCCGUCGCAUCUCACGCAGGUCGAUAGCAACGUCUUGAACGACAUCGAAAUUGAGGCGUCUUAUUUGGCAGCCAGUGUCGAUAAUUUGACAGAGAAUUUGCAAUCGCUUUUACAUUCCAUUUCAUCGAUUACCGCCGAUAACGUUGAUUGCUACAAAAAUGCCGUCAACAAGUUGACUGACUGCAUGGAUGCGAAUAUCAAACAUAUGUACACCAUAAUGGCCAAAACUGAGGAAAUUUCGAAUGCCAUGAAGCCUGUUGAGGAAUUAGCCACGAAAGUACGAGACCUGAAGAAGCUUGUUGAUCUUUUCGAAAGUAAUUUAUGAAAAAAUUAAAUUUAUUCGUCGCUUGCAUCGUUUUUUGUGUAAUUUUAAUAUUGUGAUAUAAUUUUUUUUAAUUUUUUAUUUUAAAAAAAAUAUAGAAGCCUUUAACGCUAAAUAAAUAUGAUUUAAAAAUAAAUAGUAGUUGUUCAUUUAUUGAUUAUAUCUCUUUCAAAAUUAUUUUUUUUACAGUCUAUCACACUUACGCACUUAAUUUAAACAAAAAUUCUUGCCGAUUAUUAACCAAAAAAAAUUUUUUUUAUACAAAAAUAUAAUUUUUCCUAAUUUUUUUUUAAUUUCUAAGGAAAAAAAAAUUAAAAAAAUAAUUUUUGUAC